AUCUUUAAUUUACAGUUAAGUCCAAAAUCCAAUUGUCAUGUUUGUCCCGCUUUGAAAUUUUUGUUCUUAAAUAAAUAUCUAACUAAGCCAGCUGCAAUAUGGAACGAUACAAUCGCGCCUGGAGAGAUCCCGGAUCCCCGCUGACGCCAUUGACUCCGCUGUCCACACAGGUCUUCAAGUUUGACACCAAGGAGGAGCUGACGCCCACCGGCGGUGAUACCAUGGGCCGUAGCACAUUUCGGAGUUUAACUUCGAGUCACCUAGCUGUGCCAACACGUUUUUCGCAGUCAUUUUUGCGCACGCGGUCUGUUUUCUCGCCCAAUUCUCAGAGUACAGCAAAUGGCAGCAACUCUUCGGCGGGUGGAGGAACAACUCGUAGUUUCAGCUCCCGUACCAGUAGAAAGAGCAGUUUCUCUACCAAGGUGAAGCGAGAACCCGGCUUGAGCGACAGUUCCUACUCGCGGUUCAAGCACGGCUCCCCGGUGGAGCAUCCCACGCUGAGUCCGCGGGUGCGUUCGCUUCUGAACCGCACUGGCAACGAGCACCUCACGGAGAUGUUCACGCGUCAAGAAAUCGACUUAGAAGUUCUGAUCCAAAUGACACUUGACGAUCUUGAGGCUCUCGGGGUCCGUGGCGCCAGGGAAUUGAAACUAGCGAUGGAGGUUAUCAAAUUCGCCAAGAAAAUAUUUUGCUAAUUUACCACGUGGCGUACAUAAGUCCAUUUUAAUAUUGUGUUUUAUGUCAAUUUUACUUUCAUCAACAAUGUGUAUUUUUAUUAAAUGUUCAAUGUAAGGAAAGAUAAA